GGAUCAUCGCGGACUAUCGUUGCAGAAGAGGAUCACCGCGAACCUUCGUCGCAGAAGAGGAUUAUCGCGAACCUUUGUCGCAGAAGAGGAUCAUCGCGGACCAUCGUCGCAGAAGAGGAUCACCGCGGACCUUCGUCGCAGAAGAGGAUCUUCACGGACUUUUGUCGCAGAAGAGGAUCACCGCGGACGUUCGUCGCAGAAGAGGAUCGUCACGGACUUUUGUCGCAGAAGAAGAUCAUCGCGGACCAUCGUCGCAGAAUAGGAUUAUUGCGGACCUUCGUCGCAGAAGAGGAUCAUCGCGGACCAUCGUCGCAGAAUAGGAUUAUUGCGGACCUUCGUCGCAGAAGAGGAUCAUCACGGAUCUUUGUCACAGAAGAGGAUCAUCGCGGACCUUCGUCGCAGAAGAGGAUCAUCGUGGACCUUCGUCGCAGAAGAGGAUCAUCGCGGACCUUCGUCGCAAAAGAGGAUCAUCGCGGACCAUUGUCGCAGAAGAGGAUCACCGCGGACCUUCGUCGCAGAAUAGGAUUAUUGCGGACCUUCGUCGCAGAAGAGGAUCAUCGCGGAUCUUUGUCACAGAAGAGGAUCAUCGUGGACCUUUGUCGCAGAAGAGGAUCAUCGCGGAUCUUCGUCGUAGAAGAGGAUCAUCGAGGACCUUCAUCGCAGAAGAGGAUCAUCGCGGACCUUCGUCGCAGAAGAGGAUCAUCGUGGAUCUUUGUCGCAGAAAAGGAUCAUCGCGGUUCUUCAUCGCAGAAGAGGAUCGUCGCGGAUUUUCGUCGCAGAAGAGGAUCGUCGCGGAUUUUCGUCGCAGAAGAGGAUCAUCGUGGAACUUCGUCGCAGGACAAGAUUAUCGCGGAACUUUGUUAUCAUAGGAUUUUGUUGGAGAAUAAAAUCAUCAUAGAAUUUCAUUACUGAAGACUAUCAUCACAGGACUAUCAUCAUGUCAUUUUGUAGGAUUAUCGUAAAACUUUGUUAAAGAAAAGAAUUAUUUUAAAGAUUAUUACAAGACUUUGUUAUGUAAGAGAAUUGUAUCAUGAAACUCGCAGAGGAUCCCGGGAUUUCAUCGCAGAAAAGGAUUAUUGCAAAACUCUGUUGCAGAAGAGGUACUUUAUUACAAAAAAAAUUAAUGUGGGAUUUUACUGUAGAAGAGGAGCAUUAUUACAAAAUUUUGUCGCAGAAAAGUAAUCAUGGAACUCCGUCGUAGAAGAGAUCACAAAAGUCCAUUACAAAAAAAAUCAUGAAAUUUCAUCGCACAAGAGGAUUUUUAUCAUCGAAUUUCAUCACGGAAGAGCUAGAAGAGAAUCAUCACGGAAGUCCAUCACAAAAAAAAUCAUGAAACUUCGUCGCAUAAGAGAGUUUUUAUCAUCGAAUUCCAUUACGGAAGAGUUAGAAUUAUCAUGGAAAUCAUCACAGAAGAUUAUUGUGAAACUUCAUCACAGAAUAUGACUUAUGAGGCUUUGUCACAAAAGAGUUGACUUCAUUGUAGAUAAAGAUCGUUGUGAGAUUGCGCUAUAAACGAGGAUCUUGUUAAUAGUUAUCACAAAGAAAAUUAUUGCCAAAUUGAUCACACAAUUAUGUCAUAUGUGAUAUACUAUUUAUAUCAUGUAUAAAUUAUUAGAUAUUCGUUUUUUUUAAAUAAAAUUAUCUGAUAUUUUAUUGUAAAAUAAGAUCAUGAUGUGAGAAACUUCGGCUUAGAAGAAAAUACAAAACUACGUCAUAGGCGAGAAUCAAUGAGAGUUUUGAAAAAAAGGAUUAUCUUGAACAUAUAUCACAGAAGAAAUCAUCGUAGAAAAACUUGCAAAAAAGAAUUGUCCGACUUCGUAAAAAAUUGUCAAAGAGUUUAUAUACAUAGAGUAGAAGAGACCUAGUGGCGCCUUUGACUGGAACCGUGAGCUGACAGAAAGAGAAAGAAAAUGGUAGAGUGAAGGGUACAUCCAUCUUUUAUCUUUUUCUCGCAUGCGCGAUUGAACAAGGAUGCAGAUGGGCGACUCGUUUUCAGUCUCUUUUUAUGUGCUCACGCAUUCUUAGUUGGCUCCUCUACACCUUGAAAAUUGUCGCAGAAUUAUCGUAGAGAAAAAUCAUCGCUUUAUUACAAAAUAAAAUCAUGAUAUUCGAGUAUAGAAACUGAGAAUUUUAGCAUGAAAUUUUGAUGAAAUCAUAAAUCAUCGAUAUUGAUAUCAAUCUAUCAGAGAUUAAAUUUAUUAAUAUAGUUAUAGAAUUUUAUUCUAAUCGAUUAAUUGCGGGAUAUUCAACAUUAUAAACUUCGUUAUCGUUAAAAUUUAAACUUAUUAUUAUAGAAUUAGUAUCUUCAGUAUUAUAAAGCAAAUUUAGAUUUUCAAUAUUAUAAGAUAUGAAUCUCAAACUUAUCUUAUUUCAAAACAAAAUAUAUGAAAAUUUUGUCAUGAGCUUUAAAACUUUGAUAUACAAUCUGUAACUAAUUGACAUUGAGACUUUAAAAAUUCGAUAACGACUUAGAGUUUCAACUAGGAUUUGAAGCAUUUUGAUAUUAUGAAAUCUGGAAUUUUGCAAUAUUCCAUUAGCUUCGGCGUCAUGAGAUCUAGAACCUUGACAUAGAUUCUAGAAUUUUCGAACAUUAUUGGUCCUGGAACUUUAUCUUACUCCAUUUUAACUUAUCGGAACAUCGACAUCAUAGGAUCUAGAGCAUUGUUAUUUUAACACCUGGAGCAUUGUAGAAUCUGGAGUCUCGUGGAAUUUGAAGCCUCGCCAUCGUGGGAUUUGGAACCUCGGCAUCGUGGGAUCUGGAGCCUCGGCAUCAUAGGACCUGGAGCUUCAGUAUCGUGGAACUUGGAGAUUUCAAGUUGAAUCUUUAAUAUUAUGGGAUUUAUAAUUUUGCAACCUAGAAAUAUUAAUAAUCUCGUCGGACAUCGUGGGAUCUGAAUCUUCGUAACAUUGUAAGAUUUGAAGUUUAACAUCGUAAGAUGUCUGAAAUUUUGAUGACAUUUUGAGUUUUCAUUAUUAUGAAAUUUUGAUUGUAAAUAUUAUAUUAUAUUACUCUAAAUCUUGGUAUCAAAAGUUAAAGUUGUUAUUAAGAAAUUGAAUUUUCAACAUUAUGGAUUUAAAUUUUUAACUUGGCAAAAUCUGAGCUUUUAUCAAGAGUUGUUGCAUUAUAAGAUUUAUAUUCUAUAAAUCACUAUAAGAUCUACUACAUUGUGAGAUUUAUAUAAUAUAAGAUAAAAUAAAAUUUUGAGAUAGCUUUUCAGAUGUUUUAAUUUACCGAUCUAAUUUUUGAAUUUAUUUUUUAUAUUUUAAUACUGGUGGCUGUAGAAUGCACACAUUUUCAUGAUCAAGCGAGUGACUUCGAUUUAUUUUAUAUUCACUGAACACGGUUAAAAAUAUGAGCCGAAAUGUCUAAAAUAUAUGAGAAUAAAACUCUUUAUUUUUUAAUAUUAAA